AUGUUCAAUGAUUCCUCCAACGGAUUCGAAAACAUCAUCAUCCCCAUGUCGACCAACCAUGAAUCGAUUCUGCAUUCUAUUCUCGCUGUAGCCGCCUUCUACAGGUGCCGGGACACAGCGGGGUAUAAAGUCGUCUCAUUGACACAGAAAGAGAACGCUCUCAUCUACUUACGCAGUAAGGUAGCCGCAGGCCUCGUAGCAGACUAUGAUGAGUUGAUCAUUUCGGCUAUUAUGCUAUGUGUUUUCGAGGUCAAGGAUGGGUCUGGUCCGGACUGGGCUAAACACCUCAAUGGGGGCCGCUCUAUUCUCCAAUCCAAAGUUCAGGAGUGCGGCAGCCAGAAGUGGGCUGGAGGUAUUUCCUGGUGGGCUAACAAGUUUUUUGGUUAUCUCGCCGUCAAUUGCGCUACUGGGGACGAACUGGGGCCUCCGGGGCCUUUGGAAAGACCCGAGUUCUGGCUCAGUCAAGGGUUCGGAGUAGAGAACGCGAAGGAUAUCGACGGCUUUAUGGGCUGCUCAAGUGAAGCCAUGGCUAUUACGGCAGCCGUCUGUAAUCUGGCUAGGAUGAGAAACAAUCACCACAUCGAGGCCAGUGAUAUCGCCUUAAGUGGCAAUGAACUAGAAUGCCGCCUUUUCGAUAUCAGACAAAGGUCGACACAACUACUCCUCACGAUACAUGAAUUCUCGGACUUGAGGGACAUAGUAGCCAAGCUAGUGGAAGACCAAUCAUCUAUGCCCCGCGCAAAGAUUCUCGCACUAACGGCAGAGGCACGACGACAGGCCACAUUCAUUUUACUCUACGUCUGUGUGAAGGAUAUCCCCGUGCAUAAGCUCGAAGUACAGGCUAGAGUCAUGAACUGCCUGCUAUGCAUUACCACAGUUGCUCAACUAAUGACUGCCGAUGACUCCCCAGUCUGGGGGAUGACGCCCAUCAUCUGGCCCCUCUUCGUCGCUGGAGCCUCGGCCUUGAGAGACGAGGAUCGUUUUCAAGUGGCGGAGGUCUUUGAUCAAUUACAAAAGUCGAAAUGCCUUGGUAAUGUUGCCCGUGCUAGAACCAUGGUCAAGUCAAUCUGGAAGCAGUAUGACAUGGGGACACAUUUUCGGCAGGCCGAACUAUGGAGGUUGUACGUGGAUCCGAAUGCCAAGUGGCCCUUGAGCCUUGCAUGA